UUAGGAUUACAUCACAAUAUGGAUGCUAUUGGUACAAGGACAACAAGGAGUCAAAACAAAAAUAUCACCAAAAUGGCUACUGCUAUGGACGUUGAUCUAGAUGAAGUUGAAGUACCCAGCUCCAGUAGCUCCAAGGGGGAAAAGAAACGUUUUGAAGUGAAGAAGUGGAAUGCUGUAGCACUUUGGGCUUGGGAUAUUGUUGUGGACAACUGUGCUAUCUGUAGAAACCAUAUUAUGGAUCUGUGCAUUGAAUGCCAAGCAAACCAGGCUUCUGCUACAAGUGAUGAGUGUACAGUGGCAUGGGGAGUUUGCAAUCAUGCUUUCCAUUUUCACUGCAUUUCAAGAUGGCUGAAAACUAGGCAAGUGUGCCCCCUUGAUAAUAGAGAAUGGGAAUUCCAGAAGUAUGGUCAUUAAAUCAUAAAUCUAUUCUGAGUUUGAUUCUUACUACAAUCAAGGUAACAUUUAUUCUAUGAUUGUAUCAUCCAUAAAUCCAUGUUGCUUUAUUUAUAACAAAAAUUGUUUAUACUUACACCAAAGGAUGUUCUUCCUUUCCACCUCAGAAUAAAACAGUAAAUAUUGAUUAUGGAAAUACUUUCUAUUUCAUGCCUGUGAAUUAUACACUGUCAAUAAUUAACAUAGAUGAUUUUCAUUCUAUUAUUUCACUACAAACAUACUCUUGCAAAUACAUAAAUAGAUACAGGUUAUACUGGGUUUAUCCAGGGGUUUAUAGAUUCAAUUAAACCAACAGUUAGGAAUUAACAGUCAACAGUAAUUAAUAAUCAUUAGGGUGUUUAUACAUAUCUAAUAUUAACUAAGAAUAAAAUCUGAAAUUUCUUUUGAUUAAAGAUCAAAAUGAUUUUAUAAUGUGAUUUUGGUCUCCACAAUUCAUGAAACCAUAAAAAAUGUUCCUAUUAAAUAAUAUUAAACUCCACUUGAACAUAACAAAUACAAUUUUCAUGUUCUGUCUCUAGAGUUUGCUAAUUUUCAGUUGUUGAAUUGAAAGUUUGCCCACUUUGUAAUUAUCUUAAUUCUUGAAUUAAAUGGUAGAUGUAAAUGUAUAAACCCUCAUAGAUGUUUCCUUGUAUCAUAGAUUAAACCUUGUAUUCAACUUUUCAAGUUCAUAGAUGUUAGUUUAAUUCUUAGUUUAGUUGAAUCUAUAAACCCAGCAUUACAGUCUUAUACAACAAUAUUUUUACAUGAUUGUUAAAAAUCCUGAAAGUGAAGAAACAAUGACAACUAGUUCAUUUGGAUUAGUUGGGUCUAUUCCACUAUUUGAAAAUAUCAUGAAAUGUGGUAGGUAUUUUAGGAUUGGAGUAAUUGAUUCAAUCAAUAAAUUGUCUACAUUUUAAUA